UAUUGCAAUACCAUCCGGCAAUUUAAAAGUAUUUUUUUUCAUUUUAAUAGUAAAUUAAUUAAAUAAUAAUAAAAGUCAGAAAAAAAGUACAAAAAUGUUUAAUGUGAUAAAUACUGUUUCAAGGACGAAUAAGGUCCUACCAGCUUUGUUGAAUUUCAACAGGCAAUAUGCUGCAAAAGCUGCUGGUAAAGUAGCAGCAGCCAGUAAUGGUAGGGUUGUCGCUGUUAUUGGCGCUGUUGUGGAUGUCCAAUUCGACGGUGAACUUCCAUCGAUUUUGAACGCCCUUGAGGUCCAAAAUCGUUCACCACGUUUGGUUUUAGAAGUUGCCCAGCAUUUAGGAGAAAGUACUGUAAGAACAAUUGCUAUGGAUGGUACAGAAGGUUUGGUACGUGGUCAAAGUGUCAAUGAUACUGGGGCUCCAAUUCGUAUCCCAGUAGGAGCAGAAACCUUGGGUCGUAUUAUCAAUGUAAUUGGUGAACCAAUUGACGAACGCGGUCCUAUUCCAACCGACAAAACUGCUCCAAUUCAUGCUGAAGCUCCUCCAUUUGUUGAAAUGAGCGUCGAGCAAGAAAUUCUUGUAACUGGCAUCAAAGUUGUAGAUUUAUUAGCUCCAUAUGCCAAAGGUGGUAAGAUUGGACUUUUCGGAGGAGCUGGCGUAGGAAAAACUGUGUUGAUUAUGGAACUUAUUAAUAACGUAGCAAAGGCCCAUGGUGGUUAUUCAGUAUUUGCCGGGGUUGGUGAAAGAACACGUGAAGGAAACGAUUUAUACAAUGAAAUGAUUGAAGGUGGUGUUAUUUCAUUGAAAGACAAAACAUCAAAAGUCGCACUUGUAUAUGGUCAAAUGAAUGAACCACCAGGCGCCCGCGCUCGUGUUGCUUUAACUGGAUUAACUGUUGCUGAAUAUUUCCGUGAUCAAGAGGGACAAGAUGUAUUGCUCUUUAUCGAUAACAUUUUCCGUUUCACACAAGCCGGUUCAGAAGUAUCUGCCUUGUUAGGUCGUAUUCCAUCUGCUGUAGGUUACCAACCAACUUUGGCAACUGACAUGGGCUCUAUGCAGGAACGUAUUACAACAACUAAAAAGGGUUCAAUUACAUCAGUACAAGCUAUUUAUGUACCAGCUGAUGACUUGACUGAUCCUGCUCCCGCAACAACUUUUGCCCAUUUAGACGCAACAACUGUAUUAUCACGUGCCAUUGCUGAAUUGGGUAUUUAUCCAGCUGUAGAUCCUUUGGAUUCAACAUCUCGUAUUAUGGAUCCAAAUAUUAUUGGUGAAAAACAUUACAAUGUUGCUCGUGGUGUACAAAAAAUCUUACAAGAUUACAAAUCCUUACAAGAUAUUAUUGCUAUUUUGGGUAUGGAUGAAUUGUCUGAAGAAGAUAAAUUAACAGUAGCUCGUGCACGUAAAAUCCAACGUUUCUUAUCACAGCCAUUCCAAGUCGCUGAAGUUUUCACUGGUCACGCUGGAAAACUAGUACCAUUAGAACAAACUAUCAAAGGUUUUUCUCAAAUUUUAGCUGGAGAAUAUGAUCAUUUACCAGAAGGUGCUUUCUAUAUGGUUGGACCAAUCGAAGAAGUUGUAGAGAAAGCCGACAGAUUAGCCAAAGAAGCUGGUGCAUAAGCAUGUUAACAAAAUUUUUGUUUGAUUUUCCAACAAUAUGUUAAUUAUGUUCUACUUUAAAGUAAUUUUAAGUUAAAAAAAAACAUCUUUAUAAAAACGAGAAAAUUUCACAUUAAAACACAAAUAUAAAAAUA